AUGCGUCCGCGACCGCAUCCCCUCAAUCUAUUAUCCUUCGCAACGACAACGCGCCCGCACACUCUUCGCACGCGGCAAGCGCGCUUCCAAUUCCGGGCCUCCUCCAGCACAAAAGCGCGAUUCGAUCGCGUGCUGAACCGGCUCCCGCGCUUCCUGCGCCCGUAUACAGAGAGCCUGCGCGAUGCGCCGCUGUCGAAUCUCGUAGCCUUUCUGGUGCUCCAUGAGAUUACGGCGAUAGGGCCGUUGUUAGGCCUAGCGGCGCUGUUUCAUUGGAGUGGAUGGCUGCCUUCGGUAGGUUUCUCUCAGGGCUCGUAUGUCUCGGAAGGCGUGUCGAAGUUCGGCAGGUACUUUGCGAGAAAGGGAUGGUUCGGCUUCAGCAAGGAACCAGUCGAGAAUCUGGGUGAUGUUGCCCAUACCGCGGAUACUGGAGAGGGCAGGAUAGCUGGGGAAAUGGGGCAGGUGGAAAAGAGGUGGCAUGUGGGGGAGAAGGGAAGCAGAAUACUGGUCGAGGUUGCGACGGCAUAUGCGAUUACGAAGAUCCUGUUGCCGCUCAGGAUUAUAGUAAGUGUUUGGGCUACGCCGUGGUUUGCAAGAGUGUUUGUGGGGAGAGUCCUUGGUUCCGGGAAAUCUGCUGCGGCCAGGAAAGGUGCAACGCUGGCAAAGGAAGCUGGGCAUGGACCAAAACCUCCCUGA